AUGCCAUUUGUGCAAGAAUUCGAAGCAAAACGGCAGCGUCGUCAGCAAAAGGAAACAGUCAUAGAACCAGUGGUCGAAGAGAAACAACCGGACACGAGUAGUUCGGCAGUGGUAGAUAUUGAUGAUAUGUUAGAUGUUGACUUCAGCGGUUUUGAGUGGUAA